CAGACUUUCUAUAGUCACACGCAAAUUAGGGCUUUCUCGAUUUUUUUUUACCACAGUUGGCGCUGCACUAUAAAAGAAUUUCCUGGUUUGAAAUUGGUCCAGUGUUUAUUGAAACUACUCAGCGUUCACAUGCCGCAAAAUGAGAUUUUACGGAAUCAUUGACCUGAUGAUAUGUCUUAUAUUCGUAACAUGUCUACUAGACUCGUGCCAUGGAAGAGCAUGGAAUAAUGGAGAUAAUGGCCGAAUUCAAGAUGACCACGAUCGCGGAAACGAGGAAGUUGACAGAAACAAAAGGCAACAGGUAGCACCAGUAGGAGUUGUUGGACCUGUACACACUUUUGUAAAGACUGACAGGAAUGCUAACUUUAAAUGGGGCGUAAGACAUGUUGUUGGACAACGAUAUGCGAAGUGAUAGAUUUUGUUGAUGGC